AUGUCAAAAUAUAAAGCAAAAGGUGCCGUUCGCACAUUAAAAAAUUACACUAAAGGAUAUUCAGAUAUCCAAGCCAAGGUUAGAUCUGCAACUUCGAACGAUCCAUGGGGUCCAAAUAGUACAUUAAUGGCUGAAAUUGCUCAAGCUACAUUUAAUCAAAAAAAUUACACUAAAGGAUAUUCAGAUAUCCAAGCCAAGGUUAGAUCUGCAACUUCGAACGAUCCAUGGGGUCCAAAUAGUACAUUAAUGGCUGAAAUUGCUCAAGCUACAUUUAAUCAUCAUGAAUUUAUAGAAAUUAUGGAAAUGGUUGACAAAAGGUUAAACGAUCAUGGUAAAAAUUGGAGGCAUGUUUUCAAAGCACUUGUUCUAUUAGAUUACUGUCUUCAUGUAGGGUCCCAGGACGUUGUUUCAUACGCAAAAGAAAAUUUAUAUGUGGUAAAAACUUUAAGAGAAUUCCAAUACAUUGACGAUGAUCUGAAAGAUCAGGGCCAGAAUGUUCGACAAAGGGCCAAGGAGAUCACUGAACUCCUUCAGGAUGAUGAACGUUUACAGCAUGAAAGAAAACAACGUACUGAAUUGAGACGAAGAUUGACAGGCAAUGAUGAUCCCUUGACAGAUAGAAGUUAUAACGAUAGCGCAUCUUCAUAUGAACGUCCUAGUUAUUUUGAUGAAGAGGCUGAUUUAAGAAAGGCAAUUGAAGAAAGCAAAAGGUCUGCACAAGAUUAUGAGAGAAGAUUAAAAGAAAGUGAGGAUGAUGAAGAAUUGGCAAAAGCAUUAAGGUUAAGUAAGGAGGAAGAAGAACGAAGGCAAGAGGAAUUGAAUAAAAAACUUGAAAUGAGUCUUCUUGAUCUUGGACCAAGUGGCAAUAAUCCAUUUUCACAACAAACAGAUCUCUUUGGAAACAAUUCUCAAUUUGGAAGUUCUAGUAAUACAGACAAUAAAACCAUUGAUUUUUUUGAUUCGAUUGAUAAUCAACAAACUGCAAUUCCAUAUAUGAGUCAGUCACAAUUUAUUGGCAAUCCAAACCUAAUACAACAGCAGCAACAAUCAUUGCUUACUGAUACUUAUAACCAACAGCAUUUAUCACAGUUUGGACUUCAAACAAGCAAUUCUUCAAUUGUAUGGGAUCAUUUAGUAAUGUUGGAGUUACCUGUCAAACCACAAGAUGAAAAGUAUGCAAGUUUGGCAAAUGCUCUUGGAAACAGACAAGAUGGAAUGGACACAUUUGGUAAUAUUGGAAAUCUUCGAGUUCCGGUCGGAACAGGAUUUGCAAAUUCUUCGGAUCCUCUAAUACCCAGAAAAUCCAAUUCAACUGGCAAUAUUGCAAAUCAAUCAAAUCCAUUUUACCCAGCUGAAAGCUCUAGCAGUCUUUCAUUAAGUCCAUAUUCGAAUUCUCAACAAUCAUCCACUCUUACUAAUAAUAAUACACUUAUUGAUUUUAGUGAUAGUGGAAGUAUCAGUAGUAAUCAAUUUAGUAAAAAUCCAUUUCAAAUUCAACAACCUGCUAAUAACAAUAAUUCCUUAAACAAACCAAAAACUCUCAAUGAAAUACAAUUUUCACAAAAUAAUACCCUAAUAACUUCCACCGCCCCAUUCUCCAUAACAACUGACCUAUUUUUUGAUCUAUCAACUAAAUAA